CCUUCAGAAGGUGCUUUUUUCGUUGGCCCAGAAUCUUUCAAUGUUCGGCACCGUGUUGAUGUUGCUAAAACGCUCGCUAUCUACUAUUGUUGGUGGUUGACCCAGCCAGCUUUCAGCUUCCAAACAGAUAAGAGUUACCGCGACCAGCUUCCCACUUCCUGCUCCCAGCUUGCUGUUGAGGCUGUAGCCUUCCAGUUGUCUUCAGAUUUCGGUCCCCGUCAAUUGGUUCUUGCUGCGAGUAACUCGCCGCCGAACCAAUAUCUUAAGUGUUGCUUAUCCGAAGAAUUAGCGCAAACGUAGAAGAUCUCAGUGGGAAACCUGUUCUCGUGCCAGACAUCAUCUACAGCUUUUCCUAAUCACUUUGCACGCGUAAUUCCCAGGUGAGAGUCGUCGCAGCUACGGUAAUAACAAUAACAAUCGUCUCAUUCUUGGAGUGAAAAUUGCAAGUGCAGUCUGUCGGUUGGUCUGUCUGCGGACUAGGUGUGAACAGGUGAGAAGCUCAGUGCAAGUGGUUUUCCGUACGAGCUCAGUGGUUCCAGUUGGUGAGAUCUGGUUAAGUGAGUGCGUCAGAAUGAGUGCCGUCGACGAGAUCAUUAGUUACAAGCGCAAUCCCGACGAGGAUUACUAUGGAAUGCUUAAUUGCGACGAAAACUCGACGAUUGAGCAAAUCCAGGCCGAGUAUAAGGUCUUGGCUCUGCAGCACCAUCCUGAUAAAAACAGCGGCGACAAGGAAGCUGAAGCCAAGUUCCAGAAAUUAAAGGAAGCCAAGGAGAUUCUCUGCGAUCCUGAAAAGCGCGCUAAUUAUGAUAAAUGGCGCCACAGUGGAAUCAGCAUCAGCUACAAGAACUGGGUUGGAAUGAAAGAGCACGUGCACCAGUCUAUGCACUGGGCCACCCCGAAAACCAAAGAUCGGAUGCUCCCGGAGACUGGAGCUCCAAGUGGUCUCUCCGCUGGACCACCCAACCCAUCACUUCGUCGGGCUUCAGAAGGAGGUGCGGCUCUCUACUACGGCAGCCGCAAGGGAGAAUGGGGCACCGAGAAUUCCGACGUUGCUAAUAAAUUCCGUAAUUAUGAAAUCUAAAACAAAAAUAAAAUAAAUUCAAGUGUCAAAAUAUGACGCUCAUACUUCCAGAUCACAUUUUAUUUUUGGAAAUUGUUACCAAUAUUAGUUUCUGUUUUAGUCAAUGUAUCUUUAGAAGCGUUUUCUUCUUAACUGUUUUCUAAUAUACUCGAAUAUACAUAUAUAAUUAUGUGUCCCUUUGGAAACGAAGUGAGCUUUGGAACAGGAUUUGCUGGAAUUUAUAUUGUAUACCUGAAAGCACUGAAAAUAUUGAACUUCUUUGGAGAAAAGGAAUCAUGAAGCUAUAUCUUUCUAUGAAUUUAAUAUUUUUGUGAUUGUUACUUUACCACACAAACUGAACCAAUUUUUCGAGAAGAUGGAACCAUGAAGAAUUUACUAGAAAUAUUUAUUGUAAUCUAUACAUCAUAUACGAGAUGGAAAAGUGCGAGAAAACGUCUGCAAGACUUAUUUUAUGGGAAAAAAUACUGGAGAAAUAUUAAAAAUAUAAUAUAUAAAACUCAAAUCUACAAUUAUAAACUGUAUUACUUCUGUGUGGAACUUUAUUCAUUAUAAAUGUAAGUAUUGAGUGUUACGUUUACAAAGUUAUUUGAAAUAAAUAAAUAUUCAAAAAUAAACAGAUGAAAAUCGUAUAGAUUGUCGUUAAAUUCAUGUGUCAAUAUCUUUAAAAACUAAAUAUGUGUAUUCUAAUAUUACGUGCAAAAAAGAAAAAUUAAGAAACUGUAAUUUCAGCUGAGAUCGAAACGAGAGUUUUAUUUUUAAAAAGAAACUAUUAAUUGUUACCUAUAAGUAGGCGAUAAGUAUUUAUUGUUAAGAGAUGAAUGGAUUUGAAAAAAUAAAAUAUUUUUUAAUGUGAUUUAUAUAAAAUACAUUUACAAGCAUAUUGGAUUUUAUGAAAUUAAAUAAGAAAAUAUAGAGACCAAGACAAUCCCCUGUUUCCCCAUGUGUAUGCGAAGCUACGAUAUAUCAUCUAUGAAAAUCUAUUCUGCAGCAAAUCUUUAUUUCGUGAAUAAUUAAAAUCACACAAAUAAUACACUUUCACGCAAAAACAAAAAAAAAACAUAAAAACAAAUUUGGAGCAAGACACGAACCCGCUUCUAACAGCGUUUAACACACCUUUUGCAUUAAAUAAAGCGUAUUUUAACGGCGGAGAAACAACCAAUUCGUAAAUACGCCUUGAAAAAAAAAAUUAGAAAAAAAACUUUUAGACAAACGAUCAUGAAACAAUGAAAGUUGAUGGAGAAAAUAUUAUAUAUUCAUUUAUAUUAUGGUAACCAUAAAAAUCGCUGUUUUAAUGUUGUUGUUCCAAAAAAGUCAAUAUAUAUGCAUAAAUAAACGAUAUUUUAAAGUAAAAUAAUUAAAAAAAAAUUGAAGAUGUAUUUAAGGAAAAAAGAAUUUUGUGGAUAAUGCACAAUUUUUAUGAGUUUAUAAUCAACAUUGAAAGCAUCAAAAUAGGACAAGUAAAAACUUAGUCAAUAUGUUGAUGAUUAACAUGAAUUAGAGUAAAAUAAAUAUCGUUGAUGUGAAAUAUUUUUGUGUGAUAAACAAUACAAUUAUUAUCAAUGUACCAAACUAUCGUACAAUGUUGGGUGAAGAUGAUUAUAUAAAAUAAAGAGAUCUCUAUUUCUAUCCAACCGUCUAAA